AGAGCGCCGUUUUCCCAACAUGCAGCUCGGCGUUGCUUAAAAAAAUGAGCCAAGAUGGCGACUAAAAUAAGCAAAGAGGGUCCUCCUCCUUUUGAUUGUCCAUCAUGGUGAGUAAAUGCACCGUCAAAGUUGUGAUUUUUUAUAUUUUUAUGCGGUGUUUUCUGCAAAUGAGACGCAAAAUCUCGACGCUUUUGUAAAACUCAUCUUAAGUCAUAGUAGGGCGUGAAGUUUACGCGCUAGUGUUAGCAAUGAAGCUAGCUAGCACGCUAACCCGUCAACGCGUCAAAAGUCCUGAGGAAAGAUGACAGAAACAAAACAAAGACUUUAACCUAUCAGAAUUAUUGAUAUCAAUGUUGGGUCACGUUCAAUUUGACUUACAAUAACCGUCACUAACUUGUUUUUCAGGGCAGGAAAGCCGCCCCCAGGACUCCAUCUAGACGUGAUGAAGGGGGACAAACUCAUUGAGGUAACUGGAAGCCUGGAGGGACCAUUUUGGCUCUCUGUUGUUCACUCAUGUUUAAAUCUGUUUUGAUUCGUUUUGGGAGCAAAUGGAAAGCACCGGAUACGAGCCUGACAGUCCACUUUGUCCCAGAUGUUUUGCACACUGGGUUUGUAAAUGGCUGCAUGGCUUCAAAAAGGUGCGAGAGCAGCAUCAGCCCUGAGAUUUAAGCUUUUCAGUGAGGAGAAGCGCUGAAGAGUUAUGGCUCAAAGGCACAGACACACAGACCACCGUCCAGUUUUCAUUCUGCUGUUUUUGACCAAAGCUUUCUCUUCUUGUAGAAACUGAUCAUAGAUGAAAAGAAGUACUACCUGUUUGGGAGAAACCCAGACUGGUGUGACUUCACCAUCGACCACCAGUCAUGCUCACGAGUCCACUCAGCCCUGGUUUACCACAAACACCUGAAGAGGGUCUUUCUCAUAGACCUCAACAGCAGUAAGACAUCAUUUAGAAUCAAGUUGAAACUGAACUGGUUAUAGAAGUGGCCCUUUCACUGUUUACAGCUAAGUAUAAGUAUUAAUCAAUACAGCUGAUAUAUUGAUCUGUUCACUAAUACACAGUGGAGAGUCGUGUGCGCAUUGUGCAGGUGCAUGGUGAUUGAAACAUUAAGCAGAGAAAGAGAUCAUGCCUGCACACUCACUCAGUGUCAUAAAGGAGUUUAUUGGGUCACAACCUGAUGGUCUUCUUUAGGUGAUAUUGUUAUAUACACACUGAUUCUGCACACCUACAGGCUGGUAAGCACCAUGGUGGUAGGUGGGGUCCACUAUGAAAUACACCCCAAAGUAAAAAGAUAACUUGGAUUAGGAUUGAGCAAUAAAACGAUAACGAUAUAUAUUGUAAAUUAAUUUCCCUCAAUAUCAAUAUAAAACAUGGUCAAUAUGCUUUUCAAUAGCCGACAUUCUGCAAUGUUUUGGUAGACUCUACGAAUAGCCAGUGAAAAGGGGGACUUACGCUGGGUCUGCUUCGCGCUGAACCAAUCAUGUGCUGAAUUAGAACCAAGUAGCAAACAACUGCGUAGUAGCAGGCUGCAGCUACACGCAACCAUAGCACUUUAACACGUGAAGCUGACAGCACUGUCGGUGAGAAAAAAAGAAAAUGUGAAGGUUACAAGGAGCCCAUGGCACCUGUUGUGUGGAUAAAGCUGUAAAUACUCCAAUAGAGGUAAAUAAGUACAAAACAAUAAGUCAGAAGAUAGACUUAAUUGUCCUUGUUGAAGUUGGAGGCCUAAUUACAACUGAUGCCCUAAAUGUGUUAUCAAAAAUAAGCUACAUUUUUGUUUUGCAACCAGGGAUUAAUAGGUAAAUAAUAUUCAUAACUAAUCAAUAAUCAUUGUCAAUGUAUGCAAACCUUCUUAUUAAUAUUUGUUGUUUAUUGUCUAUUCUUAAGCACAUGGUACCUUCCUUGGACACAUCCGUCUGGAGGCACACAAGCCUCAGCAAAUUCCCAUAGACUCUACAAUUUCUUUUGGGGCUUCGACGAGGACCUACACCAUCAGAGAAAAACCCCAAACCCAAGGCACAGCAGGAACAGGAGACAGUAAAACAGGAGAUGAUGAAGAGCUGAAAGGACUGCUAGGGCUUCCAGAGGAAGAGACAGAGCUGGAGGUACAUUUGAGAACAGCAUUUGUAUUUUUACCCCCACUAAUACACACAGCAUACCACGUAGAUAUGUUUUUAAUAGUUUGCUGUACCUCAAGUUGAUGAAUCCCCAUAAAUCAAACUUUGUUGAAUUGUUAUAAGUGUAAUAAAAUGCAAAGUAUUAAAUCAGAGUGCCACUGUAUCCCACAGUGUGUCCUAGAAAUGACUCAUUCACUGCAGCCACAUCACAAACGUUUUACUCAAAUCGUUUGUCUUCUACCAGAACUUGACAGAGUUCAACACAGCCCACAACAAGAGGAUCUCUAUGCUGACCAUUGAGGAGGGCAACCUAGAAAUCCAGAGGCCUAAAAGGAAACGGAGGAACUCCAGGGUUACCUUUAAUGAGGAGGACUCAAUCAUUAAUCCAGGUACAAAACAAAGCAAAGUUGGAAGUACAGAGAUGCCUUCAUACCAUAAAUUAAAUUCAGAUCAAUUUCAUGACAUGACAUUAACUCAGUUUAACACAACAUUGUCUUUGUUUUACAGAGGAUAUAGAUCCCUCAGUAGGACGCUUUAGGAAUAUGGUGCAGACUGCUGUCAUCCCCAUAAAGGUAAGGUUUAGUGUAGUUUUGUUAAAAACAUGUCUAACAUCACAGUUACAAAACAGUCCUGUGUUUAGAGGUUUGUCUGCAGUACUGUCUGAAUUGCUUGGUGAGUAUCGCUGCAGUAUUAUUGUUGUAAUUUGAUACACUAACAAGAACCUGAAAAUCUGGUUCAGAGUUAAUCUGGUUCAGUGAAACUUGAGGUAAAUACUCUGUUCUCACUUCUCCAGAAACGCAGAUCAGAGGGACAAAACAGUCUUGGGCUCGACGACCUCGGUUCAAAACGUAUCCAUGGCUACAGCUUGGGAGGUGGUCUCUAUGGCGACUUGCCUCCCACUAGUCACGAGAACCAGCCCACAGGAGCCCCAGGAGGAGCUGCUAUGCAGGGAGGGCUCCCUCUGCCUUUCCCCAAUCCAGCACCAGAGGUGGACCUGGCCCCAGAGGCCCCCCAGCCCCCUGUCACCCUCAACCCCACCCCUGUUACAGCCCCCUAUCUACCAGAGACCCACAACGAGCCGCGCAAAAAGAAGUAUGCCAAAGAGGCUUGGCCGGGAAAGAAACCCACCCCUUCACUACUCAUCUAAACUGUUUGACUCCUUGGUUACCAGCAGACUCAUCAGGGACUGUGACCUGGCAGGGUGGAGUCGUACGCUUCUCUCUUUUUUUAGUUUUUGUGUCACUCAUGUUCAGCACAGGAAGGUAUCACAUCAUUUCCUUGUGGUUUGUCGACAGAUACCUUCGAUAUGACUACAUCAGCUGUAAUGAAAUGGGACAGGUCGGGGAGAAAUCUUACUGAUUGCAAAAUAAGUUUUUUUGUUUUUGAAAAUCAGCUGGUGGCACUGAUGUUCGAGUGAUACGAUCGGCCGUCUCGUCUUGUUUUUGAUGUGUGAGGUGUAAAGUUGGAUUUCUUUUGUACUAAACAUGUUUCAACAGAUUUUUUGUCUCUCCAGUAUUUUGAUAAUGCUGUCAAACAUAUGAUUAAAAAGUAGUUUUUAUAAAAGAUUUUACUGUGAGAAGUCAGGAAAGACAGACAUGAAGUCAGUUUUUAUCAAAACACAGGGCUGCUUUUCAUUUUCAAAACCUAUUAAUAAAAUGUGAUUGAGUGUUUUACUCUGAUACAUUUCCAUACGUGAAAAAGACCAAUAUGACGUUAACCUAAGUGUCUUGUAUUUGUCCUACAAGCCACUAGAGGGUGACUUGUGCAUAGAGUUUUCACAGACUGACUGCAUUGUUUCUGACCUGUUGGACUAACCUUGACAUUGUUUAGGGACGUGCAAGCUUUUGAAUAAUUACACAUUUGAAGUCUUCUGCAUAUAAAAAGCCAUUUCCACUGCCCAGGUGGUAUAUUGACUGUGUUUUUCUUUUGGCUUUUUACAGUAUGUUUAAUUUUGAAUGGUUUGUCGCCCCUUCCUCCUGCACCAGUGUACUGAAAAUACCAAGAUCUUACAGUUUUCUAUGUUGACAAUGAAUUGGACUGAAAUGGAGUAACAGUAAAGCCGAAUCCAAAUGACAGCACAUAAACAAAUAUCAACUUUGAUGCAAAAUAAAAAGUUAGUAAACAGAAAAAAACUGGAAUUUGGUUUGUUCUGAUGGUCAUGUAGCGAGUUAAACGGUCUUCUUUUCAUUUUUGCGUCACAAAGUCAUGUCAAUCAAACAUUUAUCAACUGGUGAAAGAUUGUGGACUUCAGCUGUGAAGGCUGGGAGCUUUUUUUGGGAGGGGGGGAUUUUUAUUGCCUUUGUUCAGAGGUGGACUCAGACAGACAGCAGGGGAAAGUGGGCCAGUGAACAAAGGUCAACUGGUGCAAUCUCAGACAGGACAUUGUUGUGGUCCCAGUAUGAAGCACUGGUAAACCGCAAGGCCACCAUGGCAACACCUUUUGAAAGGAGGCCAUUUGGCUGCAAACCACAGGGUUAGAGCGGUGUUGAGGAAGUAAACUUACUCAUGCAAAGAGUAUGUGUUAUUAUUUUUCAGUGCAGCAAGACCUCAUCAACAAACACUCACUUUUCCGAGGUUAUUUGUGUGGCCGCUUAUCGCGACAAAGAAAUGAGGUUAGAGAUUACAGAUCAAAGAAAGAUGUUUUACUUUUACAAGCUGUACUGGUGACUUUUGUCCUUGUGGGUGUGUGGGUUUGUAUUCAUAUAACUGUAAAUAAAAAAUGAAUUACUUUUGACUCAAAA